CAAAUGCAAUAAUGUCAAAUAAUAUAGAAUUGAAAUCUGCAUUCAGAAUGGAAUAUGAGAAGAGCAAGAGAGAAACUUGUUGAGGGUGACCUGUUGGCAGUGGAAAGGGGUUUCAAGAGAGUGAAAGAUUUGAAACCAAAUUUGUAUCAGGCAAGGAACUCAACAGCGAGGAUUUUGCCACUCUUUCGGUCUCCUUUCCCCAAGGAUUUUCACUCCGAAAACUGAAAGCACUGAUCUUUCUUCAACGAUUACUCUCUUUUUCAUCACAUAAUAAUGAGAGUUGCAGCGGUAUCUAACCGCUGGAUUGAAAUCGGUGAUGAAGAAAACAUUGCUUCACCAAGGGAGUGGAUUUUCACGGUGAGCUUCUGCAGAAUCUAGAUGGCGCGACCAAGGGAGAAUGAACGGCGUUUGUUUGGGUGCCAUUUGGCUUGGCUUAAUUUCCAGUCCUAUGGGCAAUUUUCCUACUCCUGAAAACAGAGUUGGAUCCUCCUUGCUGGCUUAUGCUACAGAACAGGCCAACAGUUUUGGAUCACUGUGGGUUUGCUUUAUUUUUGGUGUGAUUGAAUUCAUAUCAUUUAAUGAUGAGAGCUCUUUUGGUCUCUCUUACUGUGGAGGGAAAGUCAUGACAAAGCCAGUAAGAGUAUCCCUUCUUUGGUUUGGCACUGGGUGGCAAGAAUCUGGUAGAGAAGCUAUUCGAAAUGCCAUAGCUUCUUUAACUCCAUCUCGAUAUCUUGGUAAGGAUUCUGAUGUGCCCACAUUAGGAGACUGGUGGAAUAUUGUUAGACAGUAUACAGACAACUCAAAUACCCCAGUGUCUGAUAGAGUGGAUGUUGGAUCUGAAUGCUUCUACACAGGCCCUGAACUCAAUAUGACUCGAGACCAAGUGAUUGACAUUGGGCAUUCAGUGUUUAACAAGACUUUGAUUGAUGCAUUUCGAGGGAACUUAAACUGUAGUGAAGCUUUUGAAGUGAAUGAGAACAGUAUUUUUCAUAUUGUGUUUUCUCAUACGGUCAUCUUUUUAGAUGGAAAGGAGCAGACAGAACUGAUGGUCUCUUGUAGUGGGAAUCUUCAGGUUGAGGCCUUUGCAGGGGUGAAUGUAACUCUACGAUGGGCAAGAGCUCCACAGAAAGAUGCUAGUGUUGAUCAAUGUUUAAGAUUUUUGCAGGGGAAAUCUUAUUUAGGCCCACCAAAUGGUGAUGAGAAGAUAGAUAGCUUGGUGGGUUACAUUCUGGCCAAGAUCACCGAGGGGGUGACCAAUCAUGAUGGAAGAGGGUGGCUUGCUAAUGAUGGGAGUGGAUUGACAGCUGGCAGUUUUUGUGAAUCUACAAUUCAACGACAACCAGAAGGUCCUCCACUAUUUAGAGAUAAAAAAAGAAAACUGAGUUUUAAUGCAGCUGGUUUGAAUGGAUACAGAUACAUUGUUCAAUACAUUUGGGAUCAGAAAAUCCAGAAUUGUGCUUUGAAGGUAUCAGAAACCUGUAAUUCCAAUGCGAUUCUUCUCAAACAGCCCAAAGGAUACUUGAAUAGAGGGCUUGCAGUCAAUCACACUGAUGGGUUGCAGCCAUAUCCUCCAAACCAGAUAUGUCAGUGGAGCGUCAACUAUCCAGAAGCAAAGUUUAUCAGUUUCACCAUCAACUACCUCUCACUGAUGGCAAAUGGUGAUGAUACACUCCAAAUUUGCCCAUCCAACUCAAAUGUAGCACAAUGCACCAUCCUUCAAUCACUCAAAAAAAAUUCUAACAAGAACUUCAGGGUAAUGGGUUCAAAAGCUACAAUCAAGUUUGCAAGUGGUGAUCAUGUUUCCUUUGAGUCAAGAGGAUGGGAACUCGAUUAUUCUGCAGGACUCUGCAAUGGGAAGGAAGAUGUAUAUGACCAUGCUGGUAUCAUAGGCACACCAUUGACCAGCUUUUCUUACAUAGAAGGGCUUAAUUGCCUUUGGGUUCUCCAUGGAAAACCAGGAACUCUUGUAUCAUUAAGAUUCACUUAUAUUAACAUCUCAGAAGACUUUGAUUUUCUUGCUAUAUAUAAUGGUGUAAAGCAACAGAUAGCUAAUUUCUCUGGCUAUUAUUCUGGGUCUGGUCUCCCACAAUUGAACUUGACUGGCGAAGUUAGGAUUGCAUUUGCCACUCAGACAGAAAAGGGGCAAGGUUGGUCAGCUAACUUUUUCAUUGCAUCUCCUGUGAGUCGCAACAGCAAAGCAUUUCUUGUCAUCAUCAUUAUUGUUUCAGCUGUUGGAGUAGGCAUUGCUCUUGCUUUCGUAGCCUUGGCCUUACACAUAAGGAGAAGUAAGUGCAUUUCAAAUGAGGGCCUUAUGCUAAUGAGACUAGAAACAAACAGAGAGGAAAACCUAAUUGGGGAGGGGCCUUCUGCAGUUGUUUAUGGACCAGUUUUGACUGAUGGGAAGUUUAUAGCAGUCAAAGCUCGAAGAGAUAUGGAUUCUCUAGCUGACUUAGAGCGAGAGAUAUUGAGUAAAUCCUCUUCCCACCCAAAUAUCAUUUCUUUAGUUGGAUAUGCACGCGAUGGACUCCAAAUACGAUACUUGCUUUUCGAAUUCAUGAGUAGGGGAAAUUUGAGGAUGAACUUGAGAGAAAGAGGAGAAACACUACAUUGGGAAAAGAGAUUAGCUAUAGCAUUACAGAUCUGCUCUGCAAUCCAAAUGCUACACAUGUACUUGAAACCACCUAUUUAUCAUGGCAAUAUAACAUCUGCGAAUAUUCUCCUUGACGAAGUAUGCAAUGCAAAAUUAGCAGGUUUCAGCAAUGCAAAUUAUUGCAGCAACGAGGGGAUGAACCCUGGAGACUUGUCUGAAAUGGCUGAAGAUAUUUGGAGUUUUGGAGUAGUGUUGGUUGAGCUUCUAAGAGGACAGAACUUAGAUGAUAGAACUGCCUACAAAAAUUUCAGGAGCCUUGAAGAGAUAAAUGAUUUUGUAGGCACACAGGAGCACCUUGAUCAACGAUUGGGUAUUCCUGAUGCACAAAAUAAGAUCAUGGGUCUAGCAAAGUUGGGUGAAAUUGCAAAAUGGUGCAUUGUUCUUGGCUGUGGAGUUGGAAGGGAAAGAAAUAAUCCUCAGAUAGGUGAUGUUUUGUCAGGUUUGAAGCAGGUGAAGCAAAUGUUUUGUUAUGUUUGAGGUAGAAAGGAAGAAGAAAGUAAACAACAGCAAAAUCUUUGCAACGUUGCCUUGGUUUCCAUAUAUGAUUGUAAAUCUCAAUGGAUGUCCUCAGUGCACUAGACUCCUCGCUUUACAAGAGUCAGGGGAGGGAUUAUCCGUCAUACUCGUUACGUAUAUUAUACAUGAUGUGAAGCUUGAAGCAAUAUCUUCCGUUUCAGGUUCAGAGGAAGCGGCAAAAUAGAAAAGUUGGAAGAAAUAAACGCAUAAAUAUUUGCAAUUAUUCUUCUAGCUUUGUAUAUGAUUAUUUGCUCAAAUAAUUGUACACAUGUCAUGGUGCAUUCACAAGUCUUUCAACCUCAGCAACAAUAAUAAUGUACAGGCAUUUGCUUCUUUUAAAAAUCUCUGUAAUACAAAUCUUUUUUCCUAUUUUGGCAA